UCGUGCGGCUUGAUCGCCAGAUUGCGGCGCGAGUGUAUUUUGAACCCGAUAAGCAAACGUCCGUACGUAUCAUUUGGCGUAUUUUUUUUCUGCAACACAAGGCCAACUACAAAGCUUGCGCCUCAUACAAACAAGCUGAAACUAACGCAAGCAAAGAAUCGACUUCCGUCGGAUGUUGGUCAACUGGCUAAACAUAGAAACGCGCGCGAAUACUCCAACAAAACGAAACGUUUUUGGUGCAACGGCGGCUUCGGUGCAACGAAAAUACUAGUAUACCUAUGCGACUAGGGAAGGUGGGCGCACAUUUUGGAACCUUUUGAACUUGCUAGCCCCACGCGCUAACAGCAGCCGGUUGUAGGCGCGGCGCGCAAACUUUCGGUUCGUUGGUAUUUAGUGCGGUGGUCGAAUAUUUAGAUACCGAUUCGUUGCGCAGAUGAAACUAAAGAAAGUUUUUGAAUAGUCCUAAAGUGUUUUUCGAAUAAUCGCAAUUAUGGCUGUGACAAGUCUUGGUGAAAAAAUUUUAAUAACAGCCAAAUUAUACAUGGAUUAACACAGUGCAAUAUAAAAAAAAUUAGAAAAACCAAAUUGUGAAUUUAAAUAAGAAAAGUGAAGAAUCAUUACAAAGCAAGUGUAUGCAAAUGAACAAAAGAAGUUUAAGUUCCUAGUGGGACACUGACAUAAAACUGCAAAAAUGGAUAUGACUAGCGCGAAUUCGUUGAAUAUGCGACCUUUCUUUUCGGGAUAUCCUUUUCAAGGUCAAGGUCGCGUCAAUCAGCUUGGCGGCGUAUUCAUCAACGGACGACCGCUACCGAAUCACAUUCGUUUGAAAAUUGUCGAAAUGGCCGCCAAUGGCAUACGGCCUUGUGUGAUCUCCCGCCAGCUACGCGUUUCGCAUGGUUGUGUAUCGAAAAUUUUGAAUCGUUAUCAGGAAACUGGUUCAAUACGACCGGGUGUAAUAGGCGGUUCCAAACCGAAAGUCACAUCUCCGGAAAUCGAGGCGCGUAUCGAGGAGUUGCGUAAAGCGAAUCCGGGUAUAUUCAGUUGGGAGAUACGCGAGAAAUUAAUUAAGGAGGGCUUCACGGAUCCACCAUCCACAUCGUCCAUCAGUCGCCUUUUACGAGGUAAUGAUCGUACGAGUGAAGACGGACGCAAGGAUUAUAGUAUACACGGCAUAUUAGGUGAUCGCAACUCCGACAUCAGCGAUACCGAAUCGGAGCCUGGCAUACCGCUGAAACGUAAGCAGCGGCGCUCGCGCACCACCUUCACCGCAGAGCAAUUGGAGGCGCUCGAGCGCGCCUUCACGCGCACUCAGUAUCCGGAUGUCUAUACACGCGAAGAACUCGCACAGACCACUGGUCUUACGGAGGCGCGCAUACAAGUGUGGUUCUCGAAUCGGCGCGCCCGUUUACGCAAACAUUCUGGCGGUUCCAGCACCGGGCUCUCGCCCAUGAAUGGCGGCGGUAGUGGCGUAGCUGGAAUGCCAGGUAGCGCGAUGGGAGCAGGUGCCGCUGCAACAGCGCCGCUAGGCUUUGGUUCAUUGGCCGCAGUGGGCUCAAUGGCUGGCUAUAGUCCGGCUGCUGCGAGUACGGCCAGCGCUGGCAUGAAUGACAAUCACGCUGCGCAUGCAGCUGCAGCCGCUGCAGCAGCGGCCGCACAUCAUCCACAUCAUCAUGCGCAGAUGGGAAGCUACGAUUUGGUGGCGCAGUCGGCGCAACACGGCUUUGCUAGUAGUUUUCAGCAUGGACACUUUACCGGGCAGAAUUACUAUCAUCAAGAUUACUCCAAGCUCACAAUCGAUGACUUCUCUAAGCUGACUCCAGAAAGCGUUUCGAAAAUUUCUCCAUCCCUCUCACAUCUCACCGGCGAAAACUAUUCAAAGCUUGAGCCUACCACGAAUUGGUCGCAGGCCGCUUACCAUCUCAAUCAAUCGGCGGCAGUAGCGGCCAAUUAUAAUGCCGCCGCUCAUCAUGCUCAUGCCGCUGUGGCACAACAUACGCUGAACGAUUAUGUGGCGGCUGGUGCAGUUGCGGCGGCACACAAUAAUCAAUUGAAUAGUGCAGCAGCGGCUGCCGCGGCGGCUUACAAUCAUCCGCUACCGGCGCAAGAUUACUCCAAGCUCACAAUCGACGACUUCUCUAAGCUGACUCCGGAAAGCGUUUCGAAAAUUUCUCCAUCCCUCUCACAUCUCACCGGCGAAAACUAUUCAAAGCUUGAGCCUACCACCAAUUGGUCGCAGGCCGCUUACCAUCUCAAUCAAUCGGCGGCAGUAGCGGCCAAUUAUAAUGCCGCCGCUCAUCAUGCUCAUGCCGCUGCGGCACAACAUACGCUGAACGAUUAUGUGGCGGCUGGUGCAGUUGCGGCGGCACACAAUAAUCAAUUGAAUAGUGCAGCAGCGGCUGCCGCGGCGGCUUACAAUCAUCCGCUACCGGCGCAAGGUCAAGCGAAGUACUGGCAAUAA